GUUGAUGGUCCUUUCCAGCGUGAGCGGCUUCGUCUGCUGGAUGUACUUGUUCCCGAACUGGUUCACCCCGCGGGGCCAGCCGGUCUGCGAGCGGUUGGGCGGUACCACGGACAUGGCGAGGAGCGGCGGGAACACGCAGCGGGAGCGAUCGAUCAGCUCUGGGCGGCGGGAGCGGCGUCCGCCAUUAACGCCCGCCCAGCCCUCGGCGCCGCGCGCCGCCUGCCGGGACCCACCGCGCUCCGCCCCCGCCUCUCCUCGCUCAUUGGCCGGCGCCUUCCCCUCCGGGCCCCGCGCGAUCCCAUUGGCCGCGGCGGGCGGGGCGCGGGGGCCGCCGGGAGUUGCAGUCCGGCCGGGCGGUGCCAUGGCCACCAAGCGUCGCGGAGCGGCGGCGGCGGCGGCCAAGCGCGGGAGGCGCGAGGAGCGCGCAGAGCUCUGCGCGGCGCUCGGGGACGCGGCGCUGCGGGAGCGCGCGGGGGCGGCCUGGGCCCGCGGGGAGCGGCUGCGGCACGAAGCGGUGAUCCUGGAGCCGGCCCCGUUCCGGCACUGUGUCAUUCACGGGUUUCUGUCGGACCCGGCUUUCACGGAGGCGCUGCGGGAUGAACUGCUGGGCCUCGGCUUCCGCGGGCGGCGCAACGAUCUCCUCUCGCUGCAGCAGUCCGAGGAGCUGGGGGCAAGCCCGGAGCCUCACGUCGCCGCCCUGAGGCAUGCUCUGUGUGAAGAAUUCCGAGCGUGGCUUUCUGCUGUGACCCAGAUAGUGCUGGAGCCAACUAUUGACAUAUCCUGUGCUAAAUAUGAAUAUACUGAUGUCCUGCUGUGCCAUGAUGAUGAACUGGAAGGUCGGAGAAUCGCUUUCAUCCUGUACCUCGUCCCACCCUGGGAGAAAAGUGACGGGGGAACCUUGGAUCUGUACAGCACAGACGAACACUUUCAGCCACAGCAAAUCACCAAGUCAUUAGUGCCUUCAUGGAACACGCUGGUUUUCUUUGAAGUGUCUCCAGUUUCUUUCCACCAGGUGUCGGAAGUUCUGUCGCGCAAGUGCCGCCUGUCCGUGAGCGGUUGGUUCCAUGGCCCGUCUGUGGCCAGACCUGCCCGGCACACUGAGGCCCCCUUGGCCAGGAGCCCACACAUUCCCUAUGAUCAUGAAAUAUUGUAUGAGUGGAUCAAUCUAGUUUAUUUGGACAUGGACUCCCAAGCUCAAAUCCAGGAGGAAUUUGAGGAGCGAUCAGAAAUUCUCCUGAAAGACUUUCUUAAGAAAGAGAAAUACCAACUACUGUGUGAAGCACUGGAGAACAAAGAGAUCCAGUGGAGUAGUCGGGGGCCAGCCAAUAAAAGACUCUAUGAGGCAGCAGAGGAAGACAGCCUCCCUGACACCCUGAAGAAAUUCCUGCAGCUGCUGCGCUCUGAGGCCUUAUUUUUACUGCUUUCCAACUUCACUGGCCUAAAACUGCACUUCCUGGCUCCCUCUGAUGAGAAUGAAGAUGCUGGGGAGGGACAAGCAGCAGACACCACUGGGCACAGCAGUGCCAAACCUGAGCAGGAAGAGAGUGAACAACCAGCUAAUGGCAAUCCCCAUCAGCCACACCAGCCUGAGAACACCCCUGAAGCACAGGACAGUGAGAUGCACAGCGGCUCAGGCACCCCUGUGUGUGCGGGGGAGCUGCGGCGCUGGACCCACGGGCACUACACUCUUGUCCACGACUCUCAAGCCACAGAAUUUGCUCUUGACCUGCUCUUCUUCUGUGGCUGUGAAGACUGGGAUCCUGAAUAUGGUGGCUUUACUUCCUACAUUGCUAAAGGUGAAGAUGAAGAGCUGUUGACAGUGAAUCCAGAGGACAACUGCUUGGCCUUAGUUUAUAGAGACAAAGAAACUAUGAAGUUUGUGAAAUAUAUCAACCAUCGAAGCUUGGCUCGACUGAACAAGCAUCCAAACAGAACAGGAUUUUGGGAUUUUUCCUUUGUCUAUUAUGAGUGAUGGUGCAGUGUGACCACUGUCACAGAGAACAGUGGUGGGUGGUGGGCAGGUUCCUACCCAGAUGUUCAGCUCUGACCUAAGAACAGACAAACUUUGCUCAUGCAACUCCAUCACACUGCAUAAUGCAGAGGCAGGUGGUUUUUUAAACUGCAAAAAUGGAAGUUCAGUCUUGUUCUGAGUCCAUUGUAACAUACUUUCAAGUGCUUUUAAUGCUUUGUGGGUGAGGCUGUCACACAACUGUCAGCUUUCCAGCUGUUCUCUCAUGGGAACAGCACAGUGGCAUCUCUGACCCAUCAGGGUGAGAAUUACAACUGUACAUUGCCCCAAGCUGCUGACCGAUUUUAUUAAAAAAAAAAAAAAAAAAAAAAGGAAGUGGGUCAGUUAAAUGUUUCACACACUGGUCAAGCAAGUUUUGUUACAAAAUGCCCAAGACAUUUUUUGGGGCUUAGCUGUGUUCCUAAGACAAAAAUAAAGGAGCUGCCGUGGGAAAUAAGAGGUUUUUCCAGCUGCACAACUCUGUGGAGCUGGGAAGGAAGACAGUGAGGCUAUAAAAGCACUGGGAAGGACUUGGCACCAUAACAAGGCCAGGAUUUUAUUAUGCUGAGUGCUGUGCAGACAGACCUAGAUGCAGCCCUUUUUCCAAAGAAUUUACAAGCUGAACAGCCAAGAAAUCUGUUCCUGCAUCCUCUCCUUGGGUGGGUGUGCAGACAGCUCUGAGCUCCAGCCUCAGAACAGAGGCCAGGGACUGGAAGUAGGAGUGAAGCAACUCACCUUUACUGGUUUGGUGUCCACAGGUAGUAAGGAAGUCACCCAACAGCAUUGGCCUUGUGUUCUUUCAGUUAUAUCCUGGGAUCUGCUGGGUUUUGACAUGGGUUCUGUCACUGGAGAUCAGCUCAGAUGCUUUGAGGCAGCAGCCAGCCAAGUCCUGUGGUAAACACUGCAAGAAAGGCAGCGAGUGUGGCCUUGGUGCAACACUCCCUGCAUGUUUUCAACACUGUGCACCUGCCCCACAUUCACUGCAAGCAGGACUGUGCCAGACUCAUCUCUGAGGUGUCCAGCCCACCAAGAGGUGCAGCAGAGUUGCACCAAUGCUUCAGGAGACAACCAGAGCACAGAACACCCUGCUGGAGGCUUGGCCCUGGCCUGCACCUGCUUGUCUGAAACUUCUUUUUGGCACUGGGAGACAGGUGUUCUUUAGCUCAUGCAAGCCAGACAGUGCAGGGCUCGCAGUAAGCUGGGGAGUGUGCGUGAUUCAUCACUCCUGUCUCAUGGGUGGGGAGAGGGUUUGGAAUAAAGUCUGCUCUUUUUCCUGUUCCAGGCCUGUUGUUGGAGGCCACCGCAGUGGUCUAAGACCCCACAGGCAGCUCCUGGCAGCACAGGAGCAGUAAACUCAAAGCAAGGCUCACUGUUGACAUGAAGUACUCUGCACCCUUUCCCGAGCAGGUGGGAUGUCCUGUGGGCAUGUCUGCAACCCCAAUACACAAAGUUCAAAAAAGGAAUCCCUGAGGCAGUUGGCAGGAACCCUGGCCAUUGCUUCCAAAGGGAAAGGUGUAUCAGCCCCCACAGAUGCCAGAGCAAAGGACCAACACUGCUGUUAGCACUGUGCAGGACUCUCUAGUUCUGUGCCAGUUCCAUCCCAGGUGAGGAGCAGCUGCUCAGGUCUAGCUACACCUUGUGCUCUGUUGGGUGGGAAAGAUGGCUGGGAGGUGGUUACCCCAAGCUGCUGUUGCAAGAUCUUGUUCGUAUUUUAACUCGUUUCCCAAAGGCAGCAUCUCUCUGCACUGCCAAAACUCUCUUGCUCACUUUUAAUCUUCCUUUGCCACUUACAAAGACAAGGGGAUGAAGCUAGAAAUAAAUCCUUAGGUGAGGACAGAACCCUGAAUCGGUUUCUGAGGUACUUUUCUGCCUAUUGGGGUAGUAGCUCUUCCUGGGAAGAAAGCACUUCAUAUUCUGAACUCUCCCCUAGAACAAGACAGGUAAGGAAGGCUUCAAAGAAAAAAAAAACAAAAAACAAAAUUAUAUGGGUAGUUUGGAACAAAAGUGACAGACACCACAGCUAUUCAGAGCAUAGUCUACUAGGCAAAGUUGGGAGUAAAUUCAUUAACAAAACAGUUACUUCUGUGACUGCAUUGUGAGCCUAAGAAUGUGCUUGAUACAUCUUGGAACAUCCUUCCAGGAGACUGGGAAGAAGUCAGGCUCUUUAGAGCUUGCUGCUUUUUUAAUAAUAAGUAUUACACUAGAGGGCAUACCAGCCUCUGCUUGAGCAAGCCCAUAUCUACCUGAUCACCCAAGGAACCACCCUUCUUCCUCCAGUGACUCAGAUGAAAUAAUUUAAGAAGCCAAAUUUGCAGUUAGCUUUCAAAGGUUUAAAAAUGAACACGUCUCUGCUCUCCCACCCUUCUUGUUAGGUCCUAAAGCCGCAGGCAGCCUCAGGCACAACUGGUGCUGCAGGUACAGAGGAAAGACUUCACUCACUAAAAUUUCAAAUGACAUGAGCACUAAAGGAAGAAAGGUUUUCAUUUAUAUAGUGCCAGCAGUGGGAGCUUUCUCUAUAGCUGUUCUUGCUGGAUACAAUCUGUUUCUACAAUUAGACACUUGCAAAGCAUGCGCAAUUUUUAAUUUGGCAAAGGUAGAAGUUGGUUUUACAGGAAAAUAAAUGACAAUUUUGUUGUUAGAAACUUAGAUACGGGAAAUCAGCCUUACCAAAAGUCUGGACAGUGAAGGGCUGACCUCACUGCCAGGAGCAGAACAGAGCUGGGAUUGGUAGUGCCUGGUGCGUAGUCCUGAAAGUCAGACUGAUGGGAAAGCUGCUUUCUGAUCAGAGCCACUCUCCUGCUCUAUCAUUAAAUAGAGUACAUAAAUGUAAGCAAGCAAGCAUUAGGAUUUUAAACAUAAAGAACAAAAGCUGAAACAGUGGGAACAGGUACAGCAAGUGGCAGAAAGCCCAGCACUUAUGCCAGGAGACUGUUCCAUAAUCAAGUCUCUGAGCUCACUUGCUUAGAACAGCAUGGGUGGCUCACCACCCUUCUACCAAGCAGCUGGAUUUGACUAACAACCAGUUUCUUAAAAGGAUUCAAAUGAACUCCUGCUGCAGAUUCUAACUGACACAGACCUGUGUUUUCACAGCAUAGUUCUCCACAUGGAAGGGGCCAAGGCAGUUUUGGGGAUAGUAGACGUUGCAAGAUUUAAAUUCCCCAUUCAACUGGUCACACCAUGCUCACCAGUGGCUCUGUAACAAAGGGUGGGUUGCUGGUUUUAAUUCAAUAGUGGCUCAUAAGAGAGAGCAGUUAGAGGACAUGACUCCUGACAGCCCCAAGAAGCCACCCAAAGACUUUGAGAUGGGCCAACUCCUCCCUGCCCACAUCACAAACACCAUUGUAUGGUGGCAAGGGUGAUGCUGAUGCAGGAGCACUGGGGCCCAACCUCCAUCUUGUGCAGGUUAUUUUUAGCUUCCAAAAGAAAUUUGCUUUGGCAAAGGUUCUAAAAUACCUUUAGAUCUGAGAUAGAGCCUUACUGUGAUAUUUUAAUCCAAUUCUAAGAGAUCACACAAUGAAACAGGUUUGAGCCAGGAGCCAAGUCAUUUUCCAAUACCUUCUUCUUUUGAUCCCAUUAAGUACUACCAGCUCUUCAUGAUUAUGCACCAAGCCUGGGUGUGUAGUUUGUUUUUGUUGUUCCUGAAAUGCACCCCUGCCCACCUCAGUAUCUGCAGUUUUUCCAGCAGUAGCACAGAACCAGUAGCUGGAAGCAAAACUUUCUGCAAUCCAGGUGUGGGGAGAGUGCUGGAUAUGAAACACACCACUUCCUACCUGCACAGAUCAUGGAACUGGAUACCUGUCAAAGAUCUUCUGGCUUAAGAGCCACCAAGAUAUUAUCCUUUGGUGUUUUUCAGGCAC